CCCACCGUGAUGACAGCACAUCACCAACAAAGGCAGUUGCGUCGCUCAGUGGUUGUUCUUACUGUUCUGUGGUUUGGGAGACACACACAUACAGAUCAGAUAUAUUUGACCUCAGUAUGACGCUACUAUGGAAGAUCUUGUUGGGAAUCUUUCUCAUUGGACGACUCAGUCAAGGUCAAGAUGAAGACCUUCUAAACGAGAAUAUAGAGCAAGCAGCAGUGGGUGAAGGGACUGAGGGAGGAGAGGAAGUGGAAGAGCCUGAGGGUCCGGGAGCAGAUGUCAGUCAACCUGAUCAUAGACAGCCAUGUGCCAUGUGGAUGGGAGGAGUUCCUGGCACACCUGGACACAGUGGUAAACCUGGAAGAGACGGCAAAGAUGGGCGUGAUGGACCGAGGGGUGAAAAAGGAGAUAAAGGUGAAGCAGGUGAGAAAGGAGAUCCUGGGGAGAAGGGAGACACUGGCCCUGCUGGACCAAGAGGCUUUCCUGGGAACCCAGGUCUGAAAGGGGCCCGUGGUGAAAGUGCCUUGUCGUACCAUUCAGCCUUUAGCGUAGGUCUAAGUGAGCUUGUUCCCGCCACCAAUGUGCCAAUCCGCUUCAACAAAUUCUUCUACAAUGACCAACACCACUAUGAUGACAUAUCUGGAAAGUUCCGAUGCGUUCUGCCAGGAGUGUACUUCUUUACUUAUCAUCUCACUGUCUACACUAAAGAUGCUAAAGUCAGUCUCUUCAUGAAUGACAAGGCCAUCAUGUUUACCUUUGACCAGUACCAGGAGACCAAUGUGGAUCAGGCAUCUGGUUCUGUUAUCUUGCGUUUGGAGGCAGGAGAUGAGGUAUGGCUGCAGGUCUAUGGAGACGAUGCAUUUGGGGGAGUGUAUGCAGAUAACACCAACGACUCCACCUUCUCCGGUUUCCUUCUGUAUCCUGCUAUUCCUGUUUCUGCACGGAGACGUUGACAAUGCCUAAAUGAAAUAAUUUAGCUACUUUUAGCAAGAGAAGAUGUGAUUAAGUUUUGCACCAAGGUAUAGUUAUGAGGAUCAGGACAGUACUGCAUGUAAUUUGAAAUCCAUUUGUAUUGUUAUUUGUACAGAGCUUCAAACAUUAACUAAUCCCCCCGGUGUUUAAUUGUGCCUGCUUCACUACAAUAACUGAGAGUCAAGUACUUUCUUUAUUAUAACUUACCACUAAGCAUGCAGUUGCAUUUGGGACAGUGAUUUCAAUUAAUAUGUUGACAUUUCUAUGCUGGCUUUUUUUUUAAUUUAUAUUUGUUACUGCAUCAUAUUUGACACAUGAAUUUCUAAGACUAAAGCAACUUAGGUUUAACUGAUUAUCCAUAAUUUGUCAGUGGACAUCAGUGCUGCAUCAGUGUUCAUGCUAUGAGAACGCCUCCAGUGAUGCUUGUGUCUGAAGCAUCCAUACAAACUUAGCCUGAGUUUUACAGAAGCGUUUAGCUAAAUAUAUGCACAAUAAUAAAUAUUCAUUGUAUUUUACUUCAUUGUCUUCAUUAUUUAAUGCAGGGUCUCCAAACCUACUCCUGGAGAGGUACAACCCUGCAGAGUUCAGCUUGUGCAUUGGAGCAGAGCUGGAACUGAAGUCUGCAUGAAGGGUAGCUUUCCAGGAGCAGGGUUGGAGACCUCUGAUUUAAUGUAUGUUUUACAAUUUGUCAUGAAAACAAGUUUUUAUUAGACACCAUUUAAAUUUAAAUGUGUAUAUUUUGACAACAUUUUGGAGUAGAAACAUAAUUCUGUUAUUUAAAAGUUAACAUAAAAACAUCCCCAGUUACUUCACAGAGCCUAGGUUUGCUGAGAGUAAGGAACAAGACACUACUUCAGUAGCUAAUUCUGCAGGGGCUGUAGCUCAUCAGACCUAUAAAUUUCAUUUGAGUAAGGAAAGCAGGGAUUUCCAGCAGCUGAAGGGCAGGAUUUGCUGUCACUGCCCUCUCCACCUGCCUAUUCCAUCUUAGAGUAGAUGAGUAGAGGAGUCUCCACACCAUCCAUCAAUGAAAGGAGUGGUGUUCCAGAGACAUGACUGUGAGCCGAGGUGUGCCACAUCUUGGAGAUCCCGUCUUCUCAGGAAAAAUGGGAAUGACUUUUGAUGGGCAAAUUUCUGGCUGUGGCUACAAGUACCACUCGUUCAAGCAACUGUAAAUGGGUUUGGCAAGUAGUGACCACUCUAACCUGAGCUUCUCGGCCACCUUAGUCAAUAGCCCAAGUAGCUCAUUGUCCACAGUGACAGGAGGCUUGCUUGUGUCCAUGGUAGGGGAGAGCGGGGACGAAAGUACCAUUUUUCAGAAAAACAUAAAUUGUAGUUGUAGACAGAGAUAUAUUUUUGCUGUGGCUUAUAACUCAGACGUGUGGUCUAUUAAUAACAGGUGGUAAAAAUGUUGAAAGACUUCAGUAUAAUUUAAGUUUGAACAUAAGUUGCACAUUGUUCCUUUCGACCCCAUUGUUUGGGACAAAAGUAACACAAAUAAUACAAGCUAGAUUUUUUGUGUUAUUCUUUUUUUUUAUUUUCAUUUUUUAUUAAAUAUACAUGACUAUGACCUUGUUAAUAUGUAACUGCGAACAUAUUUUGUCCUUAAUCUUUGCAAAAAAUUAUUACAUUUUCCUUUUAAAUUUAAGUUUCAUCAAAUGUUUCAAAACCUGUGUGUACAAACUUGAAUUUGUUUAAAUUAUUCAUUUAUUUAUUCAACUUAUUUUUAUAAAAAAAUUUUUUUUAACAGAAUGAACAAUAUGAAAAUUAAAUUAAAUUAACAUAAUGUAAAUUCUCAACAUAAUUUAACAGUAGGCCUAUUCAUGUUUCCAUGCAGUUGUUUGUAUGCAUAAAAUCAAAAUGUGCAUGAAAACAUCUGGAAACACUGCAAAUUCAGAGGUGGAGGUGGAAAAGCUAAGGUAUGGCUAAAACCUAAAUAUGACUCAGGUAAAUGCGAUGUAGCAACAGCCCUGAGACUGAUAUUCCUGACAGAUAGGCUUGUCCAGAAACGCCCCCUCAUAUGAACAUGUGGCUGAAUCAGAUCUCUGUCUGUCUUUCUGACCUUCACUCUUGGCAUAUUCUUUUGGUAUAAUACAACAUAAACAUUUAUAAUAAACGAUUUAAUAAAUGAUGCAAGACACAGAAAGUUACCAAAUUAGCAUGCUGCAGGACAAAAGAAACACUUGUUGUCACUGUAGGGGAAAGUAGCAAGUGUUAAUUUCGUCCGGACAGUAACUCCUGACAUUUAAAUCCGAUUUACUUCUAUACUAAAAAACUCUGAAAAAACAAAACUUCAGCAGGACACACAGCGAUCGUGCUCUUUGGGAAAUUUGAAGAGCCCAGCACAGGAAAAGAAUUCCUUUAUUGCCAUCUUAAUAAUUAGUCUUAUUACACUUGCUCACUCGGACAAACAAACAAAGUUUCUAACUGUCUUACAAUGAUAGCUGUCAGUGUGAAAACCUUGCCCCAAGGUGUUUUUAAAACAUUUUGGACAGAGAAGGACCACCAUUCAAAAUGGGACUUAAAUAUUCCCUGGAGGGAUAUAUAAAAGGUAUUAAAAUAAAUAUAUAUAAAAAUACAGAUCACAAUGCAAACAGGAGAAGCCUCAUGUUACACUCUUAAAAAUAAAGGUGCUUUAAAAGGUUCUUCACAGCGAUGCCAUAGAAGAACCAUUUUUGGUUCCACAAAGAACCAUUCAGUCAAAGGUUCUUUAAAGAACCAUCUCUUUUAUAAUCUAAAGAACCUUCUUUUGCCACAAAGAACCUUUUGUGAAACAGAAAUGUGAACAAAAAUUCUUCAGAUGUUAAAGGUUCUUUAUGGAACCAUUUAGACAAAAAGGUUCUUCUAUGGCUUCGUGAAGCACCUUUAUUGUAAGGUCGUCACGGUCGCAAUGACAACAUCUCAUGUCAACACUGUUCAUGUACCGCAGUGUAAGAUUACAUUAUUUACAUUUAACAAAUUUAAUAUGGAGAGGCACUGACAUGUAGUCCUUUGUUUAUGUGUUUUUGACCUAUACUUAACAUGACGUGAGAACUGUUUGCUAUUUAGAUUUCUAUGAUAGCAUAAGCUCACUAACUUUAACAUUAGCUAGUUUUAGUCAGAGAUACCUUGCUGAAGCACAAGAUGAUAUUAAUGUUCUGCUUGAACAAAUGAAAACUGAGAGUAUGACAACCAAAAAAUGAUUGUUUUCAUCUUUGGGAUUAGGGUUGAAGACUGCUCUGUUUUGGUUGGGUUUAUAAAAUUUAAUAAAAUUAAUUUCAUUGUCUAUCCUCUUAGGAUGCCUGAAAUCAGUGUUACAAGUACCCUAAGCACAUUGUUUUUCCAUUUUUGUAGCAUAGACACCAUAAAACCGAUGAAAGCUUCUGAUCUUCCAAUGUUUCUCUAUGGUGCUGAAACCUAAAGAAGUCCGAGUUCUGUUCCCCAUGAAACUGAUACUCAACUGCCUUUGGCUCAUCUGUGUUCGAGGGGAGAGGGCUUACCGAUAGGUCAAUUGUUCUCUAUGGAGAGCGUGGUCAACAGCGACGGCUUUGUGAGGGCUUGAGAAGGUCUGAUGGAGAAUGUUUCUGCGGCAGUGCUGUUCACUGUCACAUUGUAUAUCGGAGAAUCUUGCCUCCCUUGCAUGCUCUAAUGCCAUUGGCCAACCCUUUAACUUGUGGUUUAUUCAAUGUCAUAUCAUAUGAUUUAAAAGGGAACUGACUUAAAUGUUUGAACAACUCCGCUUUAAUUUGAAUGCUGUUCAAUAAAGUAAUUAAUUGAUUAUUAUUGUCUUAAAAAAUCAGUUUUAGGCUAAAGGGAACAGAAUUACAUUUAAAACGGGCUUCUUACGUAAUAUAAGAGCUGAUAUCAUCAACAACUUAUCAUUAUACCAUCAUGUGUCUCAUAUCACACCACAGACUCGCUUUCUCGCUUUUUUCUUUUCUUACUACUCAACUGGCGGCAUGCGUCUCACUUAUCGAUUGUAAUGAACAUGAAAGUUAAAUAUUCAUAUUAACCUAUUCUAUAUUGUUGCAAAGUUUCAGUUAUUUUCAGUAAUAACCCACAGACUGUACAUUGUCCUUUUACUUAUUAAUGCCCAUCAAAUGCACAUCCAGUGUUGCAAUCAAAUCUGUAUUAGUCUGCAAGCAAUGAAUGGAUUUUCAAGAGUCUUUCAUUGGCCUCUCUCCAGUCCCAACAGCUGUUGCAUGGUAUGGUCUAAUUUUAUGCGUUUAUUUUUAGUCUAAUUGGUGAGGACACUGGGGUGCAACAAGAUCUCUUUCUAAAACCUGGCCCUCAUUUGCAAGAUUAACAAUUCACCCAUGAAUUAACUGUUAUCAUUUACUCAUUUUCAUAUUGUUCCUUGUGUGUCUGUAUUUCUUCUGUGCUACAGUCUCUAUUCUUAAAUUGCAUGGGGGAAAAAAUGUACAUACAUUAUGUACAGUUUGUAAGAACAUGAGGGUCUUUAACUGAUGACAAAACUUCAAUUUUUGAGUGAUUAUUAUUGUUCAUAUUGUGAAAAG